GCCUCCUUCCACGUCUUACCAACUCUUCUCCGUCUGUUGUGGACGCUCACCUACCUUCGGCACACAUCACGGACGGAUUUUUCACUGAAAACUACUGAAAAUGACCACCAAGAAGGAGCCCGUGGCGUUCACCAAGGAGGAGGAACUGCUGCUGCAGGAUUUCAGCCGAAAUGUGUCGACAAAGUCGUCGGCUCUCUUCUACGGAAAUGCCUUCAUCGUGUCGGCGAUUCCCAUUUGGCUCUUCUGGAGAAUCCACAUGAUGGACCUGUACUCGACCUUCGUCCUCUUCAUCAUUAUCACCUGCGCCAGCACCUAUCUCGUGGCUUUUGCCUACAAAAACACUAAAUUUGUUCUGAAGCAUAAGAUUGCUGUGAAGAGGGAGGAGGCCGUGACCAGGGAAAUGACCAUGAAACUUGCCGAGGACAAGAAGAUGAGCAAAAAGGAAAAGGACGAGAGAAUCUUGUGGAAGAAAAAUGAAGUGGCUGACUACGAAGCUACCACCUUUGCCAUUUUCUACAACAAUGCCAUAUUCCUGGCCUUGAUCAUCGUCUGCAGCUUCUACCUUUUGACCACUUUCACCCCUGCAGUGAACUACACUCUGUCCGUGCUGUCCGCUGGAGGUCUGCUCGCUCUGCUGUCUACUGGCUCUCAGUAAGUGUCGAUCUAAACAUCAUGCAUGGAUUCGCGCAAGACUUAAGUUUUCCUUUUCCACUCGAGCCAACAACGUUGAUAUAUUUAAGGAAUAACUGUCGCAAAAGAUAUGUUCUGCAAUAACGGGAUGUGUGAGCCGAAAUAAAAUAUUGUUUUUUAUUACUUA